AGGAGAUUCAGUUUUAGAGGUGUGUGGAGGCUGUUACCACUUGCCUUAGAAUAUCCGAACUAGACACCAGGGGCCGGUUCUCUCUUCAGGUUAGUUCAAGAUGGCAGACCAGAGGCAACGUUCGCUCUCUACCUCUGGAGAAUCGUUAUACCACGUGCUGGGGUUGGACAAGAAUGCCACUUCAGAUGAUAUCAAAAAGUCAUACAGGAAACUUGCAUUGAAAUAUCAUCCUGAUAAAAACCCUGAUAAUCCAGAGGCAGCAGAAAAAUUUAAAGAGAUCAAUAAUGCACACGCAAUAUUGACCGAUGCCACAAAGCGAAACAUUUAUGAUAAGUAUGGUUCUCUGGGUCUGUAUGUAGCAGAACAGUUUGGUGAAGAAAAUGUGAACACAUACUUCGUGCUAUCCAGCUGGUGGGCAAAGGCCUUGUUUGUGUUCUGUGGGCUCAUCACAGGCUGCUAUUGCUGUUGCUGUCUGUGCUGCUGCUGUAAUUGUUGCUGUGGGAAGUGUAAACCUAAACCUCCUGAAGGUGAAGAGCAGGAAUACUACGUCUCUCCAGAGGACUUGGAGGCACAGUUGCAGUCAGAUGAAAGGGAGGCCUCAGACGCACCUAUUGUGAUACAGCCAGCAUCAGCCACAGAGACGACCCAGCUCACAGCUGACUCUCACCCCAGCUACCACACUGAUGGAUUUAAUUAAGUUAAGGAAACACUGUAAUUAGAAUGGAUAAAAAAAAAAAAUACAUGGCCAACUCAGCACUAGAAUCAUGAACAUUAGAAGUAGAGAAUGGGGAGGGGGGAUAAUUCUGCCACAGUAAGAAGGCAGCUUUCCAACCUGCCGAAAAUAUUUUGUAAUCCCUUCAGCCUUUUGUCACCUUUCAGUGUCGUAUCUUGAUGAUACGUGAAGUGCUGUAGCAUGCGGUAUUUAAAGCAGUUUAGCUACGGUCUUAUUUGUUUCCUUUUUUUUUUCCCCUUUUUUUGUUUCUUUUUUUUUUUUUUAAUAGCAUGUAUGGAGUUAUGUUAAAUGUCUGUGGUGUAAUGUAUUGAGUUGUCACAAUAUAAGUGUGAUGGAGACAUUCUGCAUUUUAAGCAGUGGUACUCGCCUAAAAAUGAGAUUUAAAAAGAAAAAGUUUCACAGAAGCCACCAUUCUUCCAUACAGCCGAGCUGUCGAAGACCUUUAAAAGUUCACGAUUUUCACUUGAGUGCAACAAACCAAUUCUUCUAUUCCUCCUUCUAUUCCUGCGUUGUUAUCUAAGCAAGUUUACAAAGCCAAGAACCAAAAAACGCCAGUCCUGCAGAGCUGGAAUUCUCUUUAAUGCUGGUUUUCAGCUUAAAUAAAUUCUACCUUGAAAAAUAAGAAGGGAGAGUUUCCAAUCUUUGAACAGUAAAUUGAUGAACAGCUCUUUAUGUGUAAGGCAAUCUUCAGUGACAGUGUAACCGCAGACUGUAGUUUGUCACAAAACCAACUGUGAAUGGGCUGAUGUGGUGGUGGCGGUGGGAUUUUAACUUCAAGCACAGUUCUGUUUUGGUUUGAGUUCAGUCUUUUUCCUGAAAUGCUAAAGACCAAAUAGUGCAGCUUUUUUUGAAUGCAUGAGAAUCUUAAAGUGAAACUGGUCAAUUGGUUUUCACUGAGCAAGUGAGUAAAACGCAGACCGUAGGCAACAGCAUAAAUCUUUAAAAAAAAAAUUGGUUUUUAAAAAUCUGUUCUAAUAAUUUGAGAUUCUAAUAGACAAAUGGGGUAUUACGUGUCUGUUUUUUAAAGCUUUUAUGAUACACUAGCCCUUUAAUUUUCUCAUG